AUGGCAGACACGUUGGACGAAAAUGGUAGUUAUAACUCGUUCGGAUCUCAAUCUAACACAUUAUAUGAUGGUGACGCGAAUACACUUUUCUUCCGUUUCAAGGAAAUGGGUGAUGCGUACGUUCAGUCAAGAAGUGCUCGCAUCAGGGCUGCAAUGUUUCCAGAGUUGUACGAUGAGACAGAACAAACCAGUGAAAUGUUCGAGAGCAGAUCGUGUAUCGUCGAAAGGCUCGCCGAACCAAGUCAGCUUCUGAAAACAGCAGUAAUUGAAUUGCUGAGUGUACAAGAUGAAUCCGAAAUUACUACGAAAGCAAUACCCGAGCUUGUCAAACUACUUUCUGAUAAAGACGAGACGGUCGUUUUGAGGGCAGCGCAUAUGGUACACUUGUUAUCGAAAGACAAUAAAUCCAUAGCCGCAAUUGCUACAAAUCCGACUCUUAUUGCAGCACUCUGUUCUGUUACGAGAUUCGAUAAUGAAGCAAUACGCCGUAAUGCGUUAGCAGCACUGUCGCACAUAUCUGAGCACGCUGAAGGACGUAUGCAUUUGUUUCGUUCGGGUGGCAUUCCUGAGUUGGUGCGUAUGCUUGGAAUUCCAGUGGACGCAGUUCGUCAUUAUGCCAUCACCACAUUACAUAAUCUUUUGCUCUAUAUGGAAUCUGCCAAACAGGAAAUACGUGCAUGUGGUGGCUUAGAAGCAAUGACACCCUUAUUGAGUGCCCAGAAUGCACGCUUCUUGGCUUUGCUGGUCGAUUCACUCUAUCUGCUGGUAUUAGACCAUCCGCAAAGUAAACUUUCAUUCCUCUCAUUAAGUGGACCGUCACUUCUCAUCAGUCUACUUGACUCACAUCGUAACUAUCCGAAACUCGUUUAUACGGUUGUACGUUGUAUUCGUGCCAUAUCAGUGUGUCCUCAGAAUAAAGCUGCACUUAUUUCGCUGGGGGCGUUGCAGGUGUUGGGUGAUUUCAUUGAUGGCGUUGAUGAACGAACUCAAUUUGCGGUUUUGUGCGCUGUUCGAAAUUUAUCAGAUGCGGCGACGAACGAAGACAAUUUGGGUCCAUUAAUUGUGCGACUUAUUGGCGUGAUAACGACUGGAGAAGAAGCUUCAACAGCGUGUGCAGCUGGCGUUUUAUCAAAUCUGACGUGCAAUAAUGUUCGAAACAAACAAACUUUAUGUUCUAACCGAGGAAUGGAAGUGCUGUGUUGUGCAUUAGAACGAUAUUGUGCAGUGGAGGAAGUAACCGAGCCGUCAUUGUGCGCGCUGCGGCACUGUACUGCACGACAUUCAUUAGCGGCACAAGCUCAAAGUGAUGUUCGUCUUGCACACACGCUACCCGUUAUAUUAGAACUUCUUUGCACUAUGCGUGCACCGGUCGUGAAAGCUGCUCUUGGAUUGGCUCGUAAUUUAGCACUACUACCCGCCAAUCUGCAAUCGCUUGCUCAUGAAACCACAUCAAAAGGUGAAUCAGUGGUUUCAUUGGCAAUGGAUGUGCUGGCACGUGCCGGUGCCCAACUGCGACAGGAUCCAGAAGCAGUUGCGGAUGGUGUGGCGAUGAGAGAACUGGUCGAAGGUGCCGUUUCUGCGUUACAUCAACUUGCAAAUGAUCCUCAAGUAGCUGCGAUAAUGCUCCGUGAUCAUCCAUUCAUCGAUAUGAUCAUCAAGUUACUAUCAUGGGAAGAGGUUUACGCAAACGACGAUGAACUGUUGCAACGUGAACUACUUGGUUUACUUUAUCAGCUGUCAAAAACACCCGAAGGCGCUCGACAGUUGGAUAUGUAUGGUCCAACACCAGUACUUGCCGAUGCACUGCAUUCAAAGCAUAAAGCUAUUUCAACAUACGCAUCGGGAGUGUUGAAGAAUUUACAAUUCGAUAAACCAAUGGUAUACCGAGAGGAGCUGGAAACCGAAAUUGAAAGUGCGAUUAGUGGUGGUGGUGGUGGUAUGGGUGAAGACUGGAUGCAUGAUGGCCUAGAGCCUGAGCUAUUCGCCGAAAUGUAUCAGUCACCAGGAGUGGAUCGAAUGGAUCAACACGCACCAUGGCAACCACCACCAUACCAAGCGAGCAACCCCAGUAAUCCAUCGUGUACUGGAACGAUGGGUGAAUUAAUGAUACAUCGGAAUGCGUUAUUCGAGGACGAAGCGCUAACUGUCGACGGAUUUGCACUGAAUAACAAGCAAGGUGUACUUGCAGUUGCACGUCGUAUUGAUAGUGGCGGAUUGGAUGCAGCCCCGCAUGAAUCCGUUAUUGAAUUGUGGAAUGUUAUUGGGGAACUGAUUUUUCUUUUGAAAACAAUUCCAUUAGGAAAUCUCGGUGCACAAGCGCUAUUGUGGAUCGAUGAUUCGGAUAGUCUUUUGGCUGCGCAUAUGAAUGGUUCAAUAACCGUACAUCAUGCACAUUGUCGUAGUUAUGAGACGAGUCAAGUUUGCGCAACGCCAGUUUGGUGUCUGGCAGCGAUUAAAGCUCGUCGAUUCUGUGCUGGAACAGAUUCGGGUACAGUACUUCUGUUAGAACUGUGUGAAAAUCAGGUUAACGUCAUCAAAACAGUAAAUAUUGGCUUCGGUAGUCGUGUUCUGUCGUUAACAUCGAAUGGAGUGAUUAUGGCCGCUGGUUCUCUUGAUGUGAUUUAUUUAAUUGAUGUUACAAAUGCUUCUAUUCGAAAUACUCUACGAUUAGCACGUGACCAAAAACGAAAACCAACUGUUGUAUGGUGUUUGAUAUUUAUGUUACUAGCUCGAAUCUUAUGUUUUUAUUUCAGUGAAGGAGUACUGGCCUCUGGUGAUUCAAGGGGUUGUGUUUGCAUUUGGAAUAUCAACAACGGUGCUCUUGUUCAGACAGUGCAAACGCAUCAAGCAGAUGUGCUAUCGCUGUGCGUUGUGCAAAAUGCUCUUUACGCGUCUGGUGUUGACCCGUCAAUUGCACGGCUCAAUCAUAACAAGGAUCGAACUUGUUGGCGUGUUGAGCAUCGUCGUCUUCUACACAACAAUGACGUACGUGCGUUAAUCGCUUCUCGUCUGGCUUUAAUAUCUGGUGGUGCAGAGCAUCAUUUCAUAUACAGCACUAAGAACAAGCAUCACAACGCACUCAAAUUGAUUCCAUGUAAAAUGGCAACUUCUGCAAGUCUCUUCCUUUACGAGUAUUCCAAUCGUGUUGUGAUAUGGAGGACGGCCGUAGCUGAAAAAAUAACAACACAAAAUGACAAGCAACAGUUUUUUGCAAUGAAUAAACAUCCAGAAAAACUUAUCGAAUUCAACCUAUCGCCAAAAGAAUACCUCUUCUCAAGUGCAAUAACAGAGGAUGGCCAUUUGAUGGCGUUAGCAGAGUUGAGCGCAGUUGUGUUGUACUCGUUGGAUGGACUGACUGAUAAGAAUGCACCGAAGUUACGUUUAAUUCAACGAAUCCCUUUGAAUGCCUCAGCGGUGGUGUUCUGUUCGAGGACACUCAUAAUCGCCAGUGGCAACUUCACUCUGCAUUCGUUCGCUAUGAACAGCAGCAGUCAACCAGACGAUACCUCAUCUUGCAGUCUUGUUGAAUUCCUUAAUCCUCAGCUUUUACGCAUUCGUGAAUAUCAUUCAGAUGAUGCUGGUGAGGUGAUACGAUUACAUUGCAGUCAUGAUGCGUUAAAAGUUGUCGCCCUAACAACUCGUAAUGACAUUUAUAUUGCUGAUUUAAUGACAAGGAGUGUACGAAAACUGAAUGUAGAAUUAGCAAAUGUUAUAAUGGAUGUACGCUUUAUGAAUGAUACAGCAUUGUUUAUAUUAUGUGCAAACCACGAACGAACACUGCUUGAAUAUUCGUUAGUUGAUAAUGCGUUGAGCGGGAAGGCGAUUUCAAAGGAGCAAUUGUCGUUAAGGAAUGAUGAGUUCGUGAUGGACAUCGAGACACAUCCCAACGGUACGAUCGUGGUCGGUUCGAAGGGUACUUUGCGCAUUAUUGAUGCUCGUAAAAGGAAACGUACGGUGUUGCUGGUGGCCGGGGCCACGGGGGCCGUGCUUGGCAUGCAAAGGCCCGAUCGAUGUAUGACGGCGCGUUGGCUCGUUCCCGGCCGAUCGUUGCUGCUGUGUACACCAAGAGUGCUCUCUGAACCAUCGUUAGGUGCGUUCCGGGUGAAACGUUAUGGCCAAAAUUGA